GCAGAUUCCCCGUACGUGGGGCCGUUUUUUUUCUCUUCCCCCCGCCGGAUUUUCGCUGUAUAAACUUUCUUAAAAGUUUUACUUGAUGCAGAAUGCGGGUCCUUCCCGUCUGGGCCGAGAUCGAUUCCGCACUGGGGGUGGGGGGAAGCGAUUCGGUACGCCGAGCGGGCCAGGGAGGCUGAACCCGCCAGCAGCAGUGACUCCGGAUCCACGUCCCCACUCUCGCGUCCUUCCCUGCCCCCACUAAGCAGGCGUGGGAUUUGAAGCGCCAUGAACGACCUGGCGGGCCUUCUCUCUGACAAACCACGAUGUAGAGCUGAUUAGAUUAAACCUGGAACCUUUUCCAGCUUCUUUGAGACGCCAGAUUAGCGCGCGUUCACGUGCCUCGUCCACUCCUGUUGGAAGUGUUACGUCCCACGUUAGCCCUUAUAAAUUUGGCAAGCGGGAGGGUCGCGCGUCAUUCCUCGGCUGGAGGAGCGGCUAUCUACUCCUCUUAUUGGUGAAAUUAUGUUCUCCAUUUACCAGGAAGAACUACAAUCAUUCUUUUUCACAAUUCUACCAGAAGCCUCUGGCAUUGAAAAGCAAAAAAGACUUGAGUGUUUAACUGGAAAAUAGGUUGCAAAAUGGAGAUGCGCAUGGAAUACUUGACUUUGUGGUUCUGCUUAUUAAAUGUAUUUCUAAUGGUUUGGAACCAUAACAUGACUGAAGGAUCCCCAGCAAUAUUGGGCCACCCAUUCAUCUCAGUCUGGAAUGCACCAACGCAAAUAUGCCAAGAAAAAUACAAAAUAUCCCUUGACUUGAGAAUUUUUGAUCUAAUCGUCAAUCCAAAUGACUCGUUUAUAGGGAAAGACAUUACUCUCUUCUAUAGUAAUACAUUUGGAUACUAUCCAUAUUACACGAAGGAUGGAGUUGCCAUCUAUGGUGGUCUCCCUCAAAAUGCUAGUCUAAAAGCUCAUCUCCAGAAGAUUGAACAAGACAUUAAUAAUACCAUUUUGCAUGUUGGCUUCAGAGGUCUGGCAGUUGUGGACUGGGAAUGCUGGCGUCCCUUAUGGAUUCGGAACUGGGGUUCUAUGAAAAUCUAUCAAAAUAAAUCCAUAGAGUUAGUUAAGGAGUGGCAUCCUGAUUGGCCUGCUGACAAAGUGAUCGAAGCAGCCCAGUUAGAAUUUCAGCAAUCUGCUUGGGCAUUUAUGGGGCAGACAUUGGCCCGUAGUGAAACCCUGAGACCGAAGGGCUUCUGGGGCUUUUAUGGUUUCCCCAAUUGCUAUAACAAUCAAUUCCAAUAUGCCAAUUAUACUGGAGAAUGCCCAGAGAUUGAGAAACAGAGGAACAACAAAUUGUACUGGCUCUGGAACCAAAGCCGGGCUCUCUAUCCCAGCAUUUACCUCCCCCAAAUUCUCAGACUGACUCACAAAACUCUUGAAUUUGCUCGUCAUCGAAUCCAGGAGUCCUUCAGGGUUUUGAAGUGGACACAGAAUGACAUCCCUGUCUUACCUUAUACUACCACUGUAUAUGAGUCUACUCAUAACUUCCUCACACAGGAAGACCUGGUCCACACCAUUGGUGAGAGUGCUUCUCAGGGUGCUGCCGGAGUUAUCUUGUGGGGUAGUGCAAAUUUCAGUAAAUCUCAGGAAGCCUGUCUUGAAAUGAAGGAGUAUGUGGACACGCUCCUUGGCCCGUACAUUAUGAAUGUGACCAGUAGUACUAAGCUUUGUAGUAAAAUACUCUGUUCAAAGCAUGGCCGCUGCGUGCGGCAGGAGAAUCACCCAGAAGCCUUCCUGCAUCUCAAUUCUGCUAGUUUCACUAUUAAGAAGCAUAAUGUCGCCCCUGGUUUUAUUCUGAUUGGCCAGAUGUCAGUGAAAGAUCAAAUCAAGAUGGCCCAAGAAUUCACAUGUCAGUGCUACAAUGGCUGGAAAGGACUGCGUUGUGAGAAGAAGUCAAUCCACAGUGAGGUAUUCAGUCCUCAGUUUCAUGAUAUAUAAUACAUGUCAACAAGAAAACCUCAACCUGUAGAAUUAGUCUGUAUAAAAUUAAUAUCUGAUCAAUAUCUGAUUAAUUUAAUACUUGAGAGACUACAGGCUACAUUACAGCCAGCCAAACUGGUUCAGAAUUCUGGAAGCUGCAGUCCCAUCACAUAUGAAAGGCAGAAGUGGCUGAAAAUUGGGCUUCCAUCUUUUUGCAAUGAUACCCAAAGGCAUUGGCAAACAAUUUUUUCCCCUCUCCUGUUGAGUGCAAGCAAAAAUCCUCCUAGAAAAUGUUUUCUUCAGUCUCUUUGCUUGUAAUACAGUUUUGCCUUGCAGCAUAAAAAAGCUGGCAUGCUUUUUCUCUUGAUCAUGAUAGGAAUACUGUACUGUGCUUUUCUUAUGAAUAUAUUUGCCUUCAUUUCCAUCUGAAGAGGAAACAUCAGUUUGGUGACAUCUUUGUGAUGACAUGUUGAUGCAUGCUUGGGAGAAAAGACACACUUCAUUUCUUUGGGAGACCCACAAUUUAUUCUUGACAGUUGUAGGAUGAGCAUUUUGAAGGAAGACAGCACUGUCGCCCAUCAAUUGCCUUUAAAAUAAGUGCAAAUACUUCUGCAUACCGUUGUUGCACCUGGUGCUUUUCUAGGUUGUUCAGUGACUAUUUUUAUGCAGAGACUGCAUGUAUAGCUGCUGAGGCUACCUCCAGUUACAGUAGAUACCCUAUCUCAAUGUUUUCUGCGUUACAUUAUUCUGUUACAGCUUAGACACUGACUUUGAGAAGGAACUAGAGCAAUACUGACAAUACUGGAAUUUUACUGUGGAACUGAGUUGAUGUAGCAAUUAGUUAUU